AUGAAUCGUGUCGAGACGGAGGACGAAUGCGCUGACGGAAGCAACAUUUUACUUUUAUUAUUGAAGACUAUUCAGUAUAUUUUGCCAUUUGGUAGACGAAGCUGGGUAAGUUCCCCACAGCGUUGUCCGACCCAAACUAUUCUCACGGCACUACUAGUUCCUUUAUAUGCCUGCCCUUUUAAUAGCACACUGACAAAAUAGUGUUCUUUCACCGAUAUUUUAACGUCCACUAGUUUCCUGUGGUGUUCGCAAAUGCUGUUUCAGGCCUAGAAGCUGUUCUAAACCCACUAUGGACAACUGCGCACGGGAGUUGUUAGACAUGCCUAAGAAGGAAGAACGACAACCCAACGUUUUGAUCUCUGCAAAAGUCGAAAAUUUCGUUAGAUUUCAAUCUCCGGUUUAUUUCAGGAUGUCACCGUUGAUCGACUAUCGAUAAUCAGACCAAAACUCACACAGAAAGUAUUGGAAGCUACCGGUCUUCAUGUCAUUCUGCCGAUAUGACCUUUCGUUUUUUACCGAUAUCCUUAAAACUUUCCACUAAAAACUUUAUCAUCAAACUCUAUGUUUAUUACAGGUACGAUCUUGGCUCCAGACAUUUCCUCUAAGAGCUUUAGCUGGGCGUCUUCCGUUUGGGUGUAGUGCUCCACGGCUCCCUGUGUCCGCCAGACUUCUCGAGACACAAGCAUUUGUUGUUAAUGUGGACCAACCGUUGGAAUCUGUUUCUGAUGUAAGUCACCAUCACCUUUCCGUUCCUCGCAAAUGGCUUGUCCGAACCCUUUACGUCCAUGCUUUGUGCCUAUGUCAGUCCACAUAAACCGUCUCACCGCCACGCACUUCCUUAGACAAACAAGUGCGGCCAGAUAUUUCCGUCCCCAGUGGACUAGAUUAUUGCCAUUUCACUGUCCGCAGACUAUGCUUACCGUACUUAUUGGUAGUCUGGACUAUCUGUCACGAAAUCAAAUGACAGGUUUUACGGUGAAUAGCGGCUUUCAUAGUUUAGUUUCGGACUGAUCUAUUAUUACUGUUAGCCCCAUAACCAUGCGAUAGAAACACUUUAUUUCAUGUCUAUAAUCCCGAGCCAUGUGAUCUAGUAGGAAGCCUUAAAAAUUUGCGAUUCCUACAGCUCCCUUAAGCAAUUUUUAAUGUGUAAAGCUCUGUGACAUUCUGUCUCAUUUGGCAAGUCCUCAUAAUGGAGGACUAACGGAAACGAAAAGGUAAUUUCUCAGAGGACACACAACUCUAUUUAGUGUGACCCAACGUCCCAUGGAAUUUUGAAGCUCUUUUUUUGACAGGAUGUAAGUAUCAAUUAUUUCCAGAUCGGUGACCAAGCGAAGUUACUUCAUCACUCGCUGGCGCCAUUCACUCCUUUCCCGUUUAACCAUGCAUAGUGGAAAGUGGUUGAUAUUGCCGCGUUAAAAUGACUGACGCUCGUGGUUUAUGGUGUGCGGAGCCCCUAGAACAUGAAAAUCUUUCGACAUUGCAAUUACCUCGACAUUUAUUCUACAACAAGGUGAUUACUUCUGCUCUGACCACUGUCACUUAAAGCUCUCAGCUGCAAUUCAUCCUACGAUUUUUUGGGUUUCUGUCAAGUCUUGUUACCCCGACAUCGUUUAGCCAACCGUCAGUUUUUUUUAUUUUGUUUCGUUUGCUUCUAGACAUAUUCCACAAGUCUGACGGAUACUGACGCCAGCUCUCACCAGGCCGACUCCUUGGUCAGUAUCCGGCCAGCCAGUCGAGACAGUUUUGUCAAUUUAAAUGGAUUUCCUCAGUCGACCUUAAAUGCGGCCGAGGAGAACGGUAGUAGUCGCCCAUGUUCAGUUUUACCCAUCCCGGUACACUAUGUGGGCCAGCUCCCAACAGUUGAAACUCCAGUCUUCGUUCCCCCACCCAUAUAUACAUUCGACUGUCCUGUCGAGGAUCCGUCAGCGGCUCUUCCCACUGUUUACCCUUCCUGGAUACCACCAAACUCCUGCGAUCGACAUACUCGGCGCAUAAUCAGGCGGUGUGAUCGGUGGAUCACGGAGUCUGUACUCGUGCACAUGCAAAAAACACAUGAAUAUCGACCACAACCCUAUGGCGAUUCAUCCUCCGCGGAAAUCACAACCGACUGCGCUAGUGACGUAUUUUAUCCCUACGAAUUCUCAGAUCAAUUAUCAUUCGGUGAUUCGGCAUCCCAACAGUUCGUAGCGUCAGCCGUGCCACCGCCAUCUAGUGAGUCUUCUCAAAUUCUCGCUAUUAACGCCCUUCACUGCUCAUUUCUGCCUUGCCUGUUUUUUUUUUCGGAUAUGCAGAGGAUGAGUUUAAAACCUUGCGCGACAUAGAAAUGACUAUUUAGUUCGACCACCCCAAGUGACGGGAUCCACUGCGUCCCACAGUGGGACGAAGUGGUGACGUUUUGCGCAUAAAUUUAUGUAGAGCGAAGGAGACUUGCGAAAUAUCUUGCUUACGUUCUACAACCACACCCACAACACUGCGAUUGCAAGACGACCAAUGGUAGGCGUAAACGCAGUGACGAUAAAACUAGACAGCACAUUUAAGUGUCCUGCACAACAUCCGAUCUCUGAUUUCUUACACACCUAGCCUAAUUCAGGGCAAAGGUACAUAAAUUUUCAACUGCUUCGCAUAAUAAGGUCAAGGGCCCGCUGACCAUCUAACUUUUCUUAAGAAAUUGCGCUGUUUUAUCCCUGAAGAGCUUUAGGCGGAGUUCACUGACAUUUUCAAAUGGCUUUUGAGAGUACUGCAUGUUAGUUUAAUAAAGGCAAAUUUUUCGCACAUUCGGGAGUCAAGGUCUCGGGACUUCUCCGCGGCCAUGAGGGUUUAGUGCACUGGCCUAUCGACCGGAGACAGUUUCUGUAGUUUUCUUCCCCAGUUAUGGCCGAUCAUUGCGGCGAGAAUCGUAAAGAAGGACAAACUGAAUUACCACAUUGCGAGACCUGGUAUCGAAUACAACCACUAUACUGCUUGCGACUGUGUGCAAGUCAUUGAGGUUGUCUGAGUCAAAACAACUCUAGGAGGGGGGCAUGGGGGAACCUUUACUCACAAAACCACAGAACUGAUCUAUUCCUACCCACUAAGUCGUCAAUCUGGCUCAACAAUGAAUGACCAGCCGGCACUCAACUAAUUAAGCAUUCCGAAAUUCAUAGACAGUUCUGAGUAAUUCAGAAACCGCCCCUUCAGAAGAGAUUAGACCAUGCGAGUAACAUAGAAUCCUCGAAACACUUUUUCAAGAAACUAUUGGGGUAUUAAAGGCACUAAACUUCGCGCCUCACUAUUGUAGUUACUAGUGCAAAUGAGUCGAUGAGGACAGAUUAUGCACCACAAACUUAGAAACACUUUCGAUCAUCGGGUUGAGUAUCCUUCAUAAAUAACCAUGCUAUUUGAUAGCCUGCCACCUACCUAAUAUCGGGUACUCUUUGCCAGAAUAACGUAUCAAAUUAUGAGUCAAAAGGAUUCUUGUUUAUAUUGUUGGAGGCGCCGUUGGCUAGAUCAAUGUUGGUUUUUGAUUCCCCUGUCAGGCAGGUGGUAUGAAUAAAACCUUUCUUAAAGUCGCCUGCUGAAAGGUACUCCAUCAACAAAAAAUAGAAUACAGCUAACAUACACAACCAUAAGUACCACUUUCUGUGCGCAGACAGAACUUUUUUUUCAAAAAAGUCUGUCUUUGGCGAUGGCAAAGGCCGUCCGAUUAGUAAACGCGUUGUUGACAAAGAACUCCCAUUUUUGGAUGUUCUCGUGCAGCGGAAGACCGACGGGACAUUGCGCACAUCAGUGUACCGCAAAGAAACCUAUGCGGAAAUCAUUCUACACUACGAGAGCAACCACCCCAUUUCCCACAAACGGAGCACGGUCAACUGUCUGCUUAAUCGGGCAAAAACACACUGCUCGGACGAAGAAGGCUACCGAGCCGAACUAAGUUACUUGUGUGAAUUAUUUUCCCGAAAUGGGUACCCCAAGGAUUUUGUGCGCCGAUGCAUGAGACAGAAAGAGUCAAAGGAAAGGGAACAAAGAACCUCCAGUCAGACACCGGAGCCAAAUACAUGGCGAACCCUCCCUUACAUCAAAAACGUUUCUGAACUCGUGGAAAGGCACCUAAAGAGACACCAGAUUCGGGUGGCACACAGACCGACGACUACACUACGUACUCAGAUAGUACAUCCUAAGGAUAGGGUCGACUAUUUGGAUAGAAAGGAAGUCGUCUACAAGAUCCCAUGUGAGGCCUGUGAUGCAGUUUAUUGUGGUCAAACAGGAAAAUCCGCCUCUACACGCAUUCACGAACACCAACUUGCAGUAAAGAGGCGAGACCACCUGUCUCAAGUAGCCAUGCAUAGCUUGGACACCGGGCAUACGUUUGCUUGGGACAGAACACGGAUUGUCGGUGCCUGCCCCUUCAAGAAAGGCCGAGAGUUCCUUGAGGCCAUGCACUCGGAUGAAUCGUGCAUCAACCGUCACAUCGAGUUGGACGCCGCGUACAAAAGUCUCAAGGAGAAAUGGAAGAGACGAGAGCCAAUCGGAACGGAAUGACGCAAAUAGCGGCCGCUCACGGGCGCAAAUGCGAACGAUUAUCGAUUUUUUCAUGUGCACUGCCAGAUGUUAACUGUUUUCGGCACAUUUACUUUCAGUCUGCGUCUGACGACGACCUGGGGAACCGGCGUCGAAAAUUCACGCAAUAAAGAACCUUUUCCCAAAGAACGCCUCUGCCUUCAACUUAUAUUUCUUGGGAUGCCUUCCUUCCAAUACAUACGUAUUAAACAUUCUAUAUGUGAAGGUACUGGGCAGACAAAUGUGCAUACCCGAGAUCUUGCUCUAAAGCAGGACUAACUUUCGUGCAUUUACCUGACUGACAGACACUUUCUGUUUAAAACGGUAAAAUUUCCUCACCCUGCUUAUUUUGACCAGUUUUCGCCAUGCGUACUUACAGUCAGAUUUGAUUUUGUAGCGACAUCGAAAACCAAUCGAAGAAGUUUAUGCUAUUUGGUUGGUAACUUUUCACCGACUUAAGUUUUAUAGGCGGUCGAAAAAAUACUCGUUCGAGGGCCGCCAUUCUGACGGAACUGAAGUAUCGUGGGACUACCUUGCACUUCCCUUAAGUACUCCUUCCUAAUAGAAAAUCCAUUUCAGAGUUUCGGUUAACGGUUCAUGAUAUGAGUCACCGACUGCAAUUAUAGAACUUGUCUUCUUCUUACAAAGGCUUUACAGGGGGAAUCCUAUACCUCUCACGCGGUACGUGUUCCGUUCCUAAAUUGCAUUUGCUAAAGGCAAACUGCAAACCAAUCGCCUUCUGACUUACAUGGCUAACAUUCUUGUGGGGACAUACUGUAACAUUUCGUUGUAGCCUCCAGAAUAUUUGUUAAUGACUAGAAAUUACCUGGGAACUGAGUCAGACAAUUUGUCUGUUGAGAUUAUUACUUCGUCUUAGGGAAUAAAAUGCCACCUUUAAAUCAACAUUUUACAUGAACUGGAUGACUUUCGUAUUUGCGAGAGCUCUUUAUUUGAACGUCUCACGCUUAUCCUUGUGUCCCUUGUCAGUUAUGUCCCAUGAAGUCCUUGAGUGCGCCCGCACUUUAACCCUUGGAGUUAGAAUCUUCUCUUGUCUGAGAUGGUCUACUCUCGGAUUUGGGUCAUAAGAUUCUGCACCUUGUAACUGUCACGUCAAUCAUACGGUGUACAUCCUUGCUGACAGAAGCCGGUCCUGGAUAGAAGACGAACCCAUGUGACUGGGCAGGAACACGAAUACAUGAUACGAGGCAUCCCACGCCUCGUCUAGUUGGGUUGGAAUGAAUCAGCCUUCAUGAUGAGCUCCAUCCUAUCGUUGUUUACGGAGUUAAUAUUAGCCACCCCCAACCCCUCCACAUAGUAUUCAACUGAGAUACCACGCAGUAGUGAGUGCUCGGAUGACUAGUCGUGAUAACGUUGACCUAGUAUCCGAAUGCCAACUAACGACAAUGAGAAUAGUGAAGUUAUUUUGCAAAAUAAAUGACCUCUUCUAUGUGGAUUCAGGGCCUACAACCGCGGACAGUGAACGUAUAAGACAACUCGAAGUAGAACUGGAAAAGCUUCGCAGCCAGCUGGCGCAGCUGGUGCUCGCCCAGGAGCGUGCUAACCUGGGCGACAAGAACACGCAGGAUAAUACCAACAACAGUGCCGCAACGACUGAGCCUGCUAGCUUCCGUCUAAUCACAGUGAAGUCAGUCGGAGCAGAUAGCGAGGUCCACCGUCUGGACGGUGACGGCGAAAGUGACCCCGGUAGUUCAUGUCCGACGCAACUUACUAUAUCAGUUGAGCAACCAGCUGUCAUGGAAGCGAACUCUACGGCCCUGGCCGUGCCUCCGCGACCACCGCCCACGCCGGUCGGUGUUCCUCCUCCGCCUCCCCCACCACCACCGCCGCCGCCACCACCACCCUCUAACGCUGGUGCCGAUUGGUUGGAGAAGUUAAUUGCAAAGAAGAGGGUACUUAUAGACGUAUUUUUGCAACCUUUAUAACUGAUGCUCCCUACCCUCCUGUAUAUCAAAAUCUCCGCUUUCCUAACCAGGCAGCUUUUGAGAUGGCAACCGAGGGUUCUAAACUACUUUCCUCGAGUUCUUUAACCUGAUCGUUUUCCAGCUGUUCAUUUAAACUCACUUAAUUCAACAAAGGCUGGUAUAGUCCACCCUUAUUAUUACAAGACGGGAAGACGGGUUGCCCGUCAGCCUAGCUGCUGGCUACCCAGCGCGUCCACAGGUGGCGGAUAGUGGGACGACCUUCAGUGAAGGUUAGCUGCAAAAUAAGCAGACCCAGGUCUGACGAAUAAGCAGUCGCGGACCAGCAGCGACAUUGCUACCAGGGUGCGGUGGGCUGAGGUCUGGCACGCUGAAAGCCUUAUAAAAGGCCGCAAAACCCAAUGACGGCAUUGCGACAUGGAGACCGUAAACCGCCAUUAAAUAAGUUUAUUUGCCACCGCUGCCUUGUGGUUAGGUUUUUAAGCCAAAGCGCUAAAGGAGACAACUUCGAACAAACAAUCCGAGCGGCUGUUGGGGACCCGCCCGUAUUCGAAAUUCCCAAGAAACCUCAUGAAACAUGUCCGAUCACAGUACUACGACCCAUGCUAUGGCGUCCGCGGGAACUGACGCGCUCCGCAACCCUGCUCCAGUGGUGCGGACGAAUAGUAUGCGAGCUGGACUACUCAAUCGUUGACGGACUCUCGGUAUUGGAUGCUGGAAUGUGCGAACGUUCCUGGACCUUAGUACCCAAAGUCUGACCGCACGCAGCCUUUAUCAGUUCGUGGAUGUCUGCUGUCUGUCUGAGGUUCGACUCCCUGACUCAGGCUCCCGUGAAAUAAAGAUCCCGGGAAUUGAAUCACACUUCACCCUGUACCACAGCGGCCCGCGCGAUUCUUCUGGUCGACAUGGCGUGGCGAUCGUCCUAUCACAACAAGCGGACCUCGCGCUACUUGCUUGGGAACCAGUCAAUGACCGGAUGGCCUACGUGCGACUGAAGGGUCACUUCAAGAACAUCUCCAUCGUCGCUGUGUACGCACCAAUUUCGGCUGCCGAACAGCUCGCAGCUGCAAGCGUUACUUGAAAGGCUCCCUCGUCGCAAUGUGCUGAUUGUUGCUGGGCAUUGGAAUGGUCGGACUACACCUGGCGACCCCACAACCAGUCAUCUUCUUGGCCGCUUUGGGCUUGGUUCCCGAUGUAAAAAUGGUGAGAGAUUGCUGAACUUCGCUGGUCGAAACCGACUGCUUGUCACUAACACAUGUUUCCAGCAUCGCAAAAAAACAUCUACUGACCUGGUAUUCCAACGACGGUCGUACGGCCAGUCAGUUUGACUACAUACUAGUCAGCUCAAGGUUCUGCAGCUGGGUUCACGAUAGCAGAUCGAUGCGUAGUGCCGAGACGGGUAACACCCAUGGAUCGGACCAUGUCCUCGUCCGUACACGCUUGAAGGUUCAUUUCUCAUCCGCGCCAAAAUGCCACGUCCUAGGCGCCUCGAUGUCGCACUGACGAGGCCCUAAGCAGAGAAAUCCGGACCUGUUUCACGACCCGAGCCGACUGAGAAGUCAGUAACCAGUGGUCGUCACUGAAGACUUCAGUCUAUGGGGCAGCUGAGAAAGUCCUUGGAUACACCCAGCGACGCCGCAGUGACUGGAUCAGCGGAAGAACCCUGCAGUUGUCUGCUCAGACGGCUAGAGCCAGGUCCCUCGACGAUGACUACUUCCGCCAACUUCGGAAGAUGACGGCAAAAUCGGCCAGGGAUGACCGGAAGCAAUAUUGGGCUGAAAUACCGACCUCCAUGGAACAGACCUCGAACGUUGGUGACACUCGAAAGCUCUACCGUCUGGUCCACCAAGUUAGCGGUAAGCCCUCUACAUUGAGUGGCUCUGUUCGCGAUGUGAACGGCGGCUUUAUUGCUGACAACUCGGCCAAAGUCGAGCGCUGGCGUGAGCACUUUGAGCACCGUCUCAACUUCGAUAACCAACCUACUUCGCCCUUGCUCUCCUCUUCAGCGGAGUUUCUUCCCUCGUAUCUUUGCAGUGCCAUGCGAUCCCCCCUCCGAGGAAGAAGUCGCCGAUGCCAUACGAAAGUUGCGCAACAAUAAGGCACCCGGAGAAGACGGUAUACCUGAUGAAAUCUUUAAGUCUUGUGUCGACACUCUGGCGCCCUGGCUCCAUAAGGUGAUUGAACGAGCGUGGAGAGACGAGGUUGUUCCUGAUGACUGGGGCUUAGACAUCCUUGUACCUAUCCUCAAGAAGGGAGACAAGACGAGAUUCGAGAACUACCGUGGCAUAAGUCUCAUCGGCGUUGCUGCGGAGAUCUUCGCUAUUGUCCUUCUCAGGCGAUUCCAGGCUGUGCGUGGCUCAAGGCCGAGGCCCAACCAAGCCGGAUUUCGUGCUGGACGUGGAUACGCAGACCAGAUAUUCACACUGAGGCGCAUUCUCAAAUUUCGCCAUAGCUACCAACGACCGACGGCCGUUUGCUUCAUUGACUUUGCCGCCGCGUUCGAUUUCGUUCGCCGUGAGUCCUUGUGGCGGAUAAUGGCGCUAGAUGGUGUACCGGCAAAAAUCAUCGCCUGAUCAAGGCCUACUAUCGCUCCACUACUGCGAGAGUCCUGGUCCGCAACAAUCUUUCCCAACCGUUCGGUAUUCUGUCUGACGUCCGACAGGGUUGUAUCCUGUCACCCAUACUGUUCAACUACGCUAUUGACUGGAUCCUCGGGAGGGCCCUACGCGAAAGUGACGGCGUUGAAUUUGCACCCGGACAUCGACUGACUGAUCUCGACUAUGCCGAUGAUAUCGCCUUACUUGCUUCAAGUUUUGGUGAUCUGCAGUCUAUGGUGUCACGGGUAAACGAGGUCGCUAAAUCGGUCGGCUUGUCUAUAAAGGUUGGGAAGACCAAAGUGUUCUCAAGUUGCAUCCCUGACCAGGAGAAGGCACCCCUCGGGAUUGAUGGCUGUCAACUUGAGGAAGUAGACAAUUUUAAAUACCUUGGGGCGAGGCUGCUGCCUAAUGGACAGAGUAAGGACGACAUUGUCUCUUGAAUCGAUGCUGUCCGCUGGGUUUUUUUCAAGCCUUCGGAAAUGCCUGUGGAACCGGCGUGACCUUUCCAUCGCCACUAAGAUUCGCGUGUAUCGUGCAUCUGUCUGUUCUGUCCUUCUCUACGGUUGUGGAUGCUGGGUUUUGCGCGUGGAAGACGAGCGAAAACUGGAGGUAUUUGACCACCACUGCUUGAGGACCAUCCUUCGAGUGAAGUUCACCGACUUUGUCUUAAAUAAGACAGUCCGCGCUCGCUGCGACAACAUCGCAAGGAUAACUCAGGCCAUCCAAGAAAGACGACUGAGGUGGUUUGGGCAUGUUCUUCGUCGUCCACCUCAGGAGCUCAGUGUUACUGCCUUCGAUCCGCCACCGUUGCCCCAUUGGAGGCGUCGAAGAGGGGAGCAGUUCAAAACCUGGCUCGACACAGUUCGUCAGGAUUUGGAGGCGGUUCUUGGACCUUCGGUAUUCGGUCUCCGUCGUUGGCGAAGGGAAUGGGUUGAGCUGUGCAGGUCUGCUGCCGCGGAUCGUCACGCGUGGAGAGGUACAGUUCGGGACAUCAUCGAGGCCGGCUAGAUCAGGCCUGAUCGCAGCCGUAUCAAGUACAAGAAAGUAAGUAGUCCACUCUUCCGCAUGGUUGAAGAAGAACGACUGCUAUGAAGCAAUGUUGCUGUAACUGUCUUGCCCAUUCGGUCGCUGGCCAGCGCAUUUUUAAAUUCUCAUUUAGAUCCGGUAGUUUCAGCAUAACCUCUUGAGUGCCCGGACACAACCAAUGUCCUUUAUUUAUCCGUACCUUAUUAUCCCUGUUCCAUUUGGCUCACACCCAUUACGCCUUUCCAUAUUUCCAUUCAUAAUCAACUACAUUACUUGACACUGUGCAUAGUUUUCGGUACGUCAAAAGCGAAGCGAGUGACGAACAUUUAUCUGACCAGAACCGGCUAGUUGUCACCAACACGUGCUUCGGGUAUCGCCGCAAAUACCUGCUGACCCGCAAUUUAACCGGUGGUCGUACGGUUAGUCAGAUUGACCAUUCUAGUCGCCAAAAAUGUCUCGCACAAAACGCCUUUAGGUUUCGAAGGUAUCACUCACCGGGGCGCAGUCAAUCUACGGAAUCUUGAUUUCAUACGCAUUUGUCCCUUAUAUUGCGUCUCCAGCGAACGGCUUUUUGAUGAUAUUUCGACCGUCGCAAGCUUCGAUGUCUAGUAACCUGACCAACGAACGCCCAUAUGACAAUAGUGAUAAGACUCAGUGGGUUAGUGGUUAGAGGCAUUGGACUUCUAACUAACAGGUCGCGAGUUUGAGCCCCAGGUGUUCCACACCUCGGGGUUGGGCAUGACUGGCUGACGACGGCUAGUAAGCCGGAAAUGGCCAUUCCAGUCUCUCUUGUCUCUGUCGGUAAUGCCAUUCUGCCUAUAUCAUGCACCGCGGUGCGGCUGCUGGUUGGGCUCGAGAGAGAGAGAGCCCGUAAGGCACAAGGGGGCGAGGGAGUUCCGUAAAACGAUCGGUGAGCUCCUCACUACCAAUGAUGAGACUGUUUUUCCACCCUGCGAUGAUCUUCCGAGCCAUGGCUUUUAAGGCACAAUGACGGCUUUGAUAACAGACAAGUCGAAUUGUAGAGAGGGAGGAUUGCGCGGCGCCAUCCACGUUCACUUCCAGAUUUUUCCCGACGCCCGUGACGCCCAGGCGCUCUUCAUCCCAACAAAGCGUACAUAUUAGGGGACAUCAAGCAAGUGUUUUUUAGCGACACCCUUCCUUUGUUCGUCGCCGCUUACAUUCCGCCCUUUUGUAGCUGCUUUGUACCGGGGCUGAGUCUUGACUGAAGGCAUUUAAACAGCAGUCUGGUCGGUUGUGCCCCGCCUCCACUACGUGUCUUCCGGGCCACGUUCUAAUGAAUCCGAGAUGGUCGUUUUUCCCUCACACUUUUUUUUCAGUUUUCACGAUCUUUCACAUCGCGAAUGACAAUUUCGUAGACCCAGUGUCCCGGAUUGCUUCGUUUUGUUUUCGUCAGUUCUCGAGCCUAUUCUACCGUUCACCUGUUUUGUUUUGCCUGCCCGUCCAGGGUGCCAGCUCAGUCCCAGCAAAACCACGGAGUCAGCCAACAGAUAUGUCCCAAGUUCUGAAGGAACUCACCUCGGGAGCGAUCAAACUCCGAUCAGUUGUCCGCUCACCUGGAGGAACACCCCAGCGAAACCCACCCGCCAAUGCAGAGGAUCCUGCGUGAGUCACCGUUGGACCCCAUCUCUUCACUGUCCCGCCUUGAACUCUAUACUGGGCCUUGUGCCUAAAAGCAAUAAUAUUCCUCCUAGUUGCAACACUCCUGCCACCCAGUUAUAAGUCAGCCGGAAACCAUUAUGCACUUUGAGUUCUAAAAGACUUGGGAUGGGGGAACAAAUAGGCCCGAAAAAAAGCCGGGGGAAGCUUGAGUAGAUAGGUGGGCUCGUCACAAUUUGAGACUAGUAAAUACUUCAGUCUCCAGAUUCCUUCGUUUCAUUUUUCUCAGUUUUCGAGCCUGUGCUGCCGCCCACUUGUUUUGUUUUGCUUGGGGGAGCUUGCGUAUUUGUAAUGCAAACCACCACCAUGCGGCCCUAUCGUGCAGUCGUGUCAGUGGUGCAGGUGGUACCUUCUGAUCGUAGUGCCGCCAUUUGACUCAAUGACUCACAUGACCUAGUCCUUCACUUUUUGCAUGCCACGGUCACAUUUCAAAAAAGACUUCUUUCUAUACUGAUUGUAACUUGACAAGACCUUCCAUAGCCCUCCGUCAGACGUAAGAGGAACGGAGCUUGGCCGGCUUGCAUUAUGAAAACGACUGAUCGUGUUCGUUGAUUCUUGUCCGAGUUUUUGCCAAAAUAGUCAGUCAACGAAAAAAUUUCCCAUCACCGACAAGAUAAUGUUGAAUCUGUUCUUUUGCGAAGGUCUAAAGGUAGUGUCACAAGCACUGAGCAUGCCUAGCUCUACGUAGUGGGCACUCAUUCCGGAAAUAGGCAUCAAUGCUUCUGCCGACACAAAAUUACGGUCUUUUACUUCGCUGAGGGCUUUUCGUAGAUUGUAUCUGCUGUUUACCGCUUAAGUGAAGAAGAAGAGUCGAGCACCGGAACACUUCGUUUAUUAUCCUGAGUUUUCAGACUCGUACAGGAGUCCAUCGUCAGAGGUAGUGACAGAAACAGGGCAAGCGGCAGUUUUAAGGCAUGUAGGCCCAAUCAUCGUCCGACGUCGCACGACUGGAGUUGACUACGCAGGGCUCUGUACGCCGGCGCCAGAUCGAUAAAUCGAUUGACCGAGUUCUCAUCCGAGGCCCAGGCUUCAAUCAAUUCUCGGCCUGUUUUGUUUCCGGCGUGGGCGACUAUUUUGGUGGCUGCGAAGUUAAACUCGUGACCCCUUUCGUAGGUGUGGGCGGCCACUUGUGAUAAUGCGUCGCCUCGCCGCACAGCCAGCUUAUGUUCGUGUAUGCGCGAUCCGAGCAUGCGUGCAGUCUGUCCUGUGUAAUUACAAGGACAAUUUUGACACGUAAUGCGAUACACUACUUCAGAUUGCUUUUCAGGUUUUAACCGGUCUUUGAUUUUCAUGACCCUGCUGCGCAUGGUGGCUCUGUACGAGUCUGAAAGCUCAGGAUAAUAAACGAAGUGUUCCGGUGCUCGACUCUUCUUCUUCACUUAUGCAUACACCUGGAACUCGAAAUUUCGCCUUCACUGUUUACUGCUCUUUGAGUGGGAAUGAAAAGGGGUAGGGCCCAAGACGCAUCUACUGUAACUUGUACGAGUUCGAAGAGCUGAAGAGCAGUCGCGAAAUUUUUUGGUACCAAUAAAUCCUGCCGUUCUUACCUACUUCAGCUUUGUACGAGUUCGUCGUAAUCUGCACUCCCCAGCUUUGUCCAUCCAGAAAAGUCCACUGAAUUGUAGUUUAUUUGUCACGUGUGCUUUACAAUCUGCAUAACCCCGUCUCCCUACCCGCCCCCUCCGACCAUUGCCCUUUACUUCCCGCAGGCAAAUGGAUCCAGUGACUUUGAUCGCCAAGGCUCUCAGAGCCAAGUUCGCCAAUGCGCGUUACGAGUUAGAUCGGCAGGAUGACAGCCCGAAUCGUGGCGAGGGAACUUCUUUUUCCGCCUCCGACGCUGGCAGUUUUGGGGCUCGUUCUCCGGUGCCAAUCGUCAGCCGCAGCAACCUCAAGCCCAUGCAGGCGCUGGCCGCCAGUGUAGAGAAGGAGAACAGGCAAAGUGACGAGAAACCGGUUAGUAAUCGCCUGAUGCCCCCCCCCUCCCACUUUGCCUUUGCUCAUUUAAAUUCUCCCCUACCUCCCUCACACCUUCUAUUCAGGGUUGCUCCGCAGUGGCUUACUUUAGGAGGAACUGGUCAUUUGACUGUAGGGUACGUGCGAGAAAAAUCCGAUGUGGUAAUGGAAAACAGGACUAGCCAAGAACCGGCUUCCCCAGGAGCAGUUCUGAAGUUCUUGCGACGUGUGAACCAUUAAUUGUUGGAGGGGGGAGUCUAAGAGUGGAGUUUGGACAACGUUGACUGACGAAUUCACUCUACUCCUUCCCACGGUCUUUCAGUGGCAAAUAAAUCCAAGUAGUCGUCAAGAAGGCUUCUUAUCAGCACACCGAAGUGGGCUAGUAUUUGGUAGGAUAUCUUUUGACCUGCAUAACAUAUGGCGGACGUAACAAGUGACGAUGCAGGCAAAUGCGGAAAGGAAUGCUGAAGAACAGAUUUAAAAACCACAGGAAGCAGGACGAGAUACUUUUAGGCGGGGAAUUACGAAUUACGGAACCUGGUUACCUUCUAUUGUUUGAUUUUUAUUAUUAUUCGAGACAGAGGAAGUGAGAGUCAUGUUGAUGAAAUUGGAACGUUAUUGAGUUUGUCACGCCUAAGGAAACACGAAAUAUUUUGUUCGCAAAAACAGCGAUUUCCACAAUAAAGUUGCGCUUCUUUACGUCCAUUGUUGCUAUUUGCCCCAAAUAAUGACCGGGGACCGUAGGAGAGGGUGUAGUGCAUUAUCUAUUAACCCCAACCUUGACGCACCCAAUACCACAUUAGCUCAAAUCAUCCAUCUUUAAACACGGCAAGGAAGCUGAAACCGUGGUGGCGAUAGAAGAAAUAAGGAGGAGGUCCAUUUUCGCAUGCUUUUAUCUUGGGUAUAAUAUGAACAUCUCCAGAUACACAGGAUGUAUUUAACUGGGUUACAUAGUGGAGUACGUAUUUGUAAAUUGACGAUAUUAUGGCCAGAGUACAGUAUUAAGCCUCUAUUCUGUCAAUCUUCAGGCGGUCAAGGUCGAAUUCUCAACACACCAAAGAACACGGGCAUUAGGGAACAGGCACUUCAUUUUGGUGUUUUGUUUUUCUUAUGCUAUGGAGACUUUCCAAGAGCACUAGAGUUGAAGCCAAUCGUACUACCUUCUAAGAAAGAAUAGUUUGAGUAUUUGCCCGAGUUUCUAGCUCAUAGAGCCAAUUUUGGGGCAUCACACAGGAAGCGUUUUAAUGUCAUAAGUAGACACGGGAAGAGGGCACGGAUACGUCCGUUGCAGGCCAGGUCGAAACAGUUUACUCAACUCUGACCACCCACACCUGCGAUCGAAGGCUGUGCACCAGCAGAGGUCUCCUCGGACGCCCUACAGUGGCCGAGCCCCCUCGCGAAUAUUUUCUGGACGACCCGUGAUUUAAAAGUAAGGUCAACUGGUAUUUGAGUGGUUAAAUCGAGAGUCCUGCCAUUUGAGCCAGGCGCCCUCGUCUUGUCUGUUGAGCUACAGCCAACGAACGACAGGAAAUGAACCGGAAGGCUUCGUUUCCUCCCUCCUUGGUCUUGUCAAUAAACUCUCUCACAUUAGGUCUGCUGAUCUUGCUCACCAUGUUUUGUUCCUAUUUCUUUUUCCUCCGCAGCUCUUUGGCCGCCAUCUCCUACGGCCGGUGGACCGUGACCAUUUGCCAUCCCCAUUACGUAUUGAAUUAGAUUCCUCAAUGGACCUUUAA